GUUCAGUGCAAGAUCUUUAAAUUUAAAAUAAAAAUAUUCUAUUCAAAACCGUUCAACCUUAACACAGAAAUAAUAUGCAACAUUAUAUAACAGCAGCGAUAACCAAAAAUUUGUUAUGACGCAAUAAUUAAAAUGGCAGUAUUUAUAUGAGGAGAUGUUUGUCGAGAAAUCAUUUAUUUCUUCAAAAUGUGGUUUGAACAGUGCCUGUGCCUUUCAGUUUUGGGUUUGAUCGCUUCUGCUGUUGCUUUUGGAGAGAACUUGGAUCCGGCCGAUGACCCAAAAAACAUCAAAAGACCCUGUCCGAACUUCGACUUGAACUGCAUUCGUGAAUAUUUCUCAAGAAAUUCUCAAUGUCAAUUAGUAAUGGGAUCUGUACCAGAUCCACUACCUUUAAAUUACUACAGAGUAGAUAUACCGAAUAGUAAUUUAACCGUAGAAUAUCAUGAUGUUAAAACCAGAGGCUUCGAUACUAUUAAAAUCAUUGAGUUUUACAUUAACAGCAAAACCGAAAAACUAGUAUUAGCAGCAGAAGUGCAGUCCUUAAAAUUGGCUUCGCCGAAAACAAUUUUCAAAUACAAUAGGAAAGCCAAAGAGCCAAUUGUAAGAAGUGACGCAUUGGAAGUUGACUAUGGAACUCUAACGUUUACCGCUGUAUUUCCGAGCAUUAGCGACCUACAGUUGAGCAAUGCUGAAGUUUUUAGUUACGUCCAUGAAAUCAAUCCAAAAUUCAUUUUAGGACCUCUUCUAUCGUUUAGUCUAGAUUCUGAGACACAAAGUCAGUUAGGCAAGCUGCUGAACAACAUCGCGGUUAGUCUUCAAGAAGUAUUUGAAGCGCAAGGAACUAUUUUAAUGACCAGUUAUAUACAGUACGAUAUCUGUGACUUUGGAUUAGAGUUAGCGUCUUAAAGAAAAUGAAUUAAAAUUUUAUGUAAUUUAUGUGUCAUUUCAUCUAUGUUUUAUUUUAAUAAAAAUUAACGUUUC